UUAAAAACUGUAGUUGGUUGAUUAUUUUGAUGAUAUUUACGUUGACUGAUUCGAAAAUAUGUUCGGCAGAUGACAACGAAGCCAGGUUAAUGAAGCAUUUGAUGGCAGACUAUGACGCAGGAGUUCGACCAGUCCAAAACUCUUCUUUGCCUUUGACAGUUGUUUUUGGAGUGUCUUUACAUCAUAUUAUUGAUGUUGACGAAAAGAACCAAAUCCUGACGACCAACUGCUGGAUAACUCAAGUCUGGAUCGACCACCAUCUCAAGUGGAACGCUUCCGAAUUCGCCGGCAUAAAAGUAAUUAGAAUUCCUUAUCAGCGUGUCUGGAGACCCGAUCUCAUCCUUUACAACAAUGCAGAUCCUCAGUAUCAGUCAUCAGUUAUCAACACAAACGUCAUAGUAUCUAGCAAUGGAGAGGUUGUGUGGCUUUCUCAUGGAAUCUACAGAUCUUCGUGCGACAUAAACGUGGAGUAUUUUCCAUUCGAUUUACAGAGCUGUCACAUGAAAUGGAGUUCGUGGACAUACGACGGAUAUCAGGUUGACAUUGUGAAACAAACUGAAGAAGGUGACGUCAGCAACUACCAGGCCAAUGGCGAGUUCGAUUUGGUCAGUUUUUCGUCGGUGAAGCACAUAGAAUUUUAUUCGUGCUGCUCAGAACCCUAUCCCGACAUUACCUACAUAAUCAAGAUCAGAAGACGACCUCUAUUCUAUGUUUUUAAUCUGAUCCUGCCCUGUAUAUUAAUAAACGGUAUAGCUUUAUUGGUGUUUUACGUUCCAUCAGAAUCUGGGGAAAAGGUCACCUUGGGAAUUAGCGCGCUGCUGUCCAUGACGGUGUUUUUAAUGACCAUUAGGGAAACUCUGCCACCAACGGAGAAAACUCCACUAAUAAGUAUGUACUAUGGGGCAAGCAUAUGCCUAGUGUCUUUUGCUUCAGGACUUUCAGUGGUAACACUGAAUAUCUACCAUAGAGGUGUUCGAGGACAAGCAGUGCCAAACAUAAUCAGAACUGUAGUACUCAAGCGAAUAGCACCGUUGGUUUUUAUCAAGUUUGAUAAUAAACCCAAGGAAACUAAAAUGCAAGAGAUAAAUCCCAGGACGGGCACCAGACUGGACUGCCAGUGGUCGUGGCCGGACAAGCUGACCCAGGAGGACGGCUGUUGUUUACAGCAACGCACAGAGAGGUCGCCUCGGUUCUCUUCCAAAGCCAAAAGUGAUGAUUUAGACAUGUUCGAAAAACAAAUAAUGAAAGUGUUGCAACGAGUACAACAGAAUAUCGAAAAAACCGAGAUCAGAAUAUCUGAGCAAGAACGAAAGGAACUGACAGAACUAGAAUGGAAGCAAACAUCUAUAGUUUUGGACAGAUUAUUGCUGGCCCUAUUCUUCUUCAUCACGAUCAUCACGUCAACCACGAUAUUAUGUAGAAGUCCUCAAGAAACCAGUUAAAAUAACUAGAAAUAAACAAUUUCUCUCAGAAUUAGUACUUAAAUUAAUGUUUAAACUGUUUAAACGUAUUUUUACUGAGUUAACAUAACUGUUUGCGAUAUGAUACGCAAUUUAUUUUACGUGUAUUAGUAUAGGCAACCAGUAAAAUUGGUUAUGUGUAUAUUGAGUUGCCGGAAUAUUCAAAAUUUACAGAUAGAUACAGAAAUAAUUUUAAUAUUUUCAAACAAUUUAAACAUUUAAACGUAGUGUUAUCUGCCUCAAAUAUGUUUUUAACACAAUUUAAAAAUAAAUUGUAAGUUUAACGUAAGAAUAAAUUAAAAAGUGAUAAGUCAUAUCGCCAAAUUAUGUAUAGGUUUAUGUAAAUAAGAAUUUUUUCAGAGUUACUAAGUAUAGUUAGAGAAUUAAGGUAAAAUUAAAAGGUUGUGUGUUUGAAUUAACUAUUAGCAAUAUUAUAAUUGGUCAAUUCUUCUACUUAAGUAAAUAUAUAAUUAUAAACAGUUCAUACCAAAUAAACUUUUAGUCUGGGGAUUAUGCUUGACCGACACAGCGUUGCCCACUUUUAUAUAUUUU